AUGGCUCGCGGAAAUCAACGAGAUCUGGCUCGUGAGAAGAACUUGAAGAAGCAGCAAGAGUUGAAGAAGAGCAAGGGAGCCGCCGCGCAAGAGGGAAACAUGGGUCUCAAAAUGGACUCGCGAAUGAACCGCGACGCCGAAAUCAUGCGUUUGAAGCAGGAGAAGGCGGCGGCGAAGAAGGCCGCUGAAGACGCCGCCGCUGCUGCGGCUGCCGCCAAAAAAGUCGCCAAAAUCGAUCCGCUCAAAAUGUGA